ACAUUAUCCAUUUGAAUAGUUGCAAGCAGUAUCUUAAUAGUGUGUGAAUAGUGUAUUUUUGUAGUAUAAAUAUACAUACACUCUUGUAUUGUAAUUGCACGAAGAUAUACCAAUAUACUAAUCUGAUAUCAAUAUCUUCUAUUAUUCUUCUCCUUGUAUUACAAUUACUCCUGAUAAAAUUUUAAUUUCCUUUAUAUUUUUUUGGAUUUAGAUUUAGUUUCCAACUCAACGAAUGGACAAGAAGGAAGAGCACGUACAAAUAAUGGGGACAAAUGAGAAGUACAUGUCUUCCUAAUACAUUUUCCUGUCUUCAGUUCAUGUUCUGCUAAAUGCUAACAAUUGCACACAAAUUAGAAGUACAACAAUUAUAGUUCUUUUAACUAACCCAAUUCCAAUAUUUUAUAGAAGGCUUUGAUCAAUUGUGCUCCUACAUGUCAUUAGAAAUGGUAUCAAUUACCAGUACUACUUGGACCAUCCACCUGCCACAAUUCAAAACUUCACUCUUCAAGAAAUCAUUUACUCCUUUUACAAGGUCUGUGUCCCACAUUAACAUUAUUAACUCAUCAUUGUUCUCGAACUUUCAGUUACACAGAAAAAAAUUGAGUGAAAAAAGGAGGAGAGAUAUUGUCAUGGAAAAACCAUCAAUUUACGGUCUUGAAACUUCACUAUUGUCUCAUAAGCUAAAAGCCCAGAAAGAGGAUUACCCUGUUGAACAAGAUUUUACAGAAGUUGAAGUCUUUUCUUGGUCUUCUGUAAUUUUGCCGUUUGUAUUCCCUGCAUUAGGUGGGCUGCUUUUUGGAUAUGAUAUUGGUGCUACUUCUGGAGCUACUAUAUCAUUACAGUCUGCAGAACUUAGUGGAACAACAUGGUUUAAUUUGUCAGCAGUUCAACAAGGCUUAGUGGUGAGUGGAUCACUUUAUGGAGCUCUUUUUGGCUCUAUUUUUGUCUUUCCAAUAGCUGAUUUCCUUGGAAGGAGACGAGAACUUGUUAUUGCUGCAAUCCUUUAUGCAAUAGGUGGCCUUACCACUGCGUUAGCUCCGGACCUGAAUGUGCUUUUGGUUGGGAGGCUUCUUUAUGGCCUUGGCAUUGGUUGGGCUAUGCAUGGGGCCCCUCUUUACAUUGCAGAAACUUGCCCUUCCCAGAUUCGAGGAACUCUAAUUUCAUUGAAAGAACUCUUCAUCGUUCUUGGCAUCUUGUUGGGUUACUUUGUUGGUAGCUUUGAGAUCAAUGUGGUUGGAGGUUGGCGUUACAUGUUUGGGCUGAGUGUUCCACUUGCUUCUUUAAUGGGCCUUGGAAUGUUAAGUCUUCCUCCUUCGCCUCGUUGGUUGCUUCUUAGAGCUGUUCAAGGUGAAGGAUCUUUACAAGAAUACAAGGAACGAGCUAUUGCUGCUCUUAGUAGACUCCGAGGCAGACCUGUUGGUGACAAGGUGUCGGAAAAGCAAAUUGAAGACACAAUAGUUUCAGUGAAGGCUGCUUACCAAGAUCAGGAGUCGGAGGCAAGCUUUUUAGAGGUGUUUCAAGGACCUAAUUUAAAAGCAUUUAUAAUUGGAGGAGGUCUUGUACUUUUUCAGCAGAUAACCGGGCAGCCCAGUGUUUUGUAUUAUGCUGGUCAAAUUCUACAGAGUGCUGGAUUUUCUGCAGCUUCUGAUGCCACGCGAGUUUCAGUGUUGAUUGGCCUAUUUAAGUUUGUUAUGACAGGAGUUGCUGUUCUUAAAGUUGAUGACCUUGGAAGGAAACCCUUACUUAUAGGAGGUGUUACCGGGAUUGCUGUGUCCUUGUUCCUUCUUGCGGCUUACUACAAGUUUCUUGACGGGCUCCCAUUAGUUGCCGUAGCAGCCUUACUUGUAUACGUCGGUAGCUAUCAAAUAUCCUUUGGACCUAUCAGUUGGUUAAUGGUAUCAGAAAUAUUUCCCCUUCGCACAAGAGGAAGAGGAAUCAGUCUAGCUGUUUUGACAAAUUUUGGUUCAAAUGCUAUCGUGACCUUUGCUUUCUCACCAUUGAAGGAGUUGCUUGGAGCGGAUAAUCUUUUCCUUCUAUUUGGAACUAUUGCUUUUCUGUCCCUCAUAUUUAUAGUGACACUGAUUCCGGAGACCAAAGGCUUAAGUCUGGAAGAAAUCGAGGCUAAAUUGUCGGAAUGAGAUUUGGUUCAGAGGCUACAAGAUGAGAACUUCAUUUUGUAGCAAUUCAAGAUGAUGGGAGCAACAACUUUGUCUUCUUAAAUUUGCACUUUGGUAGAGAGCAUUCAGUUCUGGCAUGCUGAUACUUGACGUCUGGAUUCAGUUCUGAAUGAGUGUACUCUAAACCUAGGUACUAAGAUCACUUUUUUCUUUUUGCAUUACAGCUCCUUAUUAUGUCAUGGUAUUUCUUGAUCUUCUCUUGAUAUCAUGAGAAUUCAAAGGCUGAAGGAAAAUUCUUGAAAAGAAUUAUUAUGGUGGCUUCGUACUCUGAUUGAAGAGCAACUUUUAGUGUCUCCCGAUAGAAGUAACAAUGAAACGGUGUUACUCGUGACUUAUGAAGGAAAUGCUGAUGGAAUGAGAUAUGUGAAACAACCAGCGUUCUGCAAGUUCCUGCUGUUUAAUGUAGUGUAAAGAAGAAUAAUUUAUAUGGGUGAAAGUACAACCAAUUUCUGAAGAGAUGACCUGAGUUAUCGGGUAGACCAAUCCUCAUAGCUCUGCUAUUCUUAUGAUCACUCUGAAAGCUAGCCUUUACACCAAGAAAAACAGUUUCCGAUUCUGGUUAUAAGCUUGAUGUUUCUGGGACCAGCCAAGAAAAACUACCGUUUUCAGGAUUGUAAUCAGAUGGUAUAUCAGGCAAAGUUGAAACUUUUAACCAGUUGUCUCAUUGUGGGUAAUACAAAAAGCCCAACUUGAAGACCAGUUCCAUUUCCUCCUCGCGUAAUGUUCUUCCAGCUUAGGAUCACUGGCCUUAAUAAUUUCUUCCUUCUUCCAACAAUCACCAACCCAAUCACUCAGUAAAUUAGCAUCCGCAUCAUGAUUAUCAAUGGGCCUUCUCCCACAUCCCACCUUGAGUAAGAAUAUUCAGAAAGCAAAUACAUCAGUUUAAUUGUAGAUCUCCGAGCAAUAUAUCAUAAAGUCUAGCAAGCCAAUAUUACCCAACCUGGCAUUCUUAAUGUCUAAUAAGACAUUACUUGCCUUCAUAUCUCAGAGAAGGACAACUUGUGCCCAUUCCUCAUGAAGGUAUAGGAGAGCAGAUGGCACCCCCUUAAUGAUCUUAAAUCUCGAACGCUAGUUUGGAUUUGAUUUUCAUUGUUUUUAAGGAGAAAUUUGUCGAGGCUCCCAUUAGGCAUGUAAUUAUAGACGAAGAGCUGCUCUUCUUUUUUCUGCUAUAGCCAAGGAGCUGUACUAAGUUUCUAUACGGCAGCCUUAACAUUCUUGAUUUUUCUGCCAAAAAUUUUUCUCAUCCCCGUUUUCAAAAUCAUUGUAGACUUGCUUCCCUGCUACCAGGGCACCUGUAGUCUAUACACUCUUUUAAAUCUCCCCAAAACCUCCAACUCUAAAAAGUUCAGUAUCUAAAACCUUUCGUUGCCCAUAAAGAUCUUUGUAUGAAUAUCUUUGAGAGGUGAAUUCCGUUUCCCAAGGUUCACACAAACCACACAGCUCUUGGAAUCAAGAAAGAUUGAUGUUCUUUGACAAAUCUUGUGGAAGAAGAGAAACCGACAUACUUGCGAUCAAGGAGUACUAAAGAAAGAUUGAUGUUCUUUGACAAGAGACACUUGGUAGCCUUUGGAAGACCUAGUGGAGCUAAUGUUACAUCUAUCCUCUCUACCUGACCAAUUCACCAUAGUCUAUCCAAAUUUGCUUUGAGUUUCCACUAUUUAGUAACAGGGUAGUAUUGUUCAUCCCUGUAUCAGAAAUCAGAAUAGUAUGAUGCUGAAGCAGCAUCAACAGAUAUUAGGCUAUCAACAUCAAUGCCUACAUGAUUACCAUCAAUAUCUCCCUAUUCACCAUUGUGGUAAGUGUUUUACUCUACUGCGAAAAUAGGGUUGGAAUGAAAGCCAGUGCUGUAAGUUUUGAAGAUUCCAAAACAUGACGAUGAAAGUGUGUGUUUCUGUACAAAGGCAAGUCCAGUGCUAGAGCAAUUGGCUAUCAGAGGAUGCAUCGCAAAAAAAAGUUGUCAAGAAGGAUAUACAAAUUGAUUGGGUCUGAAGAUCAUGGAGUGUAGAUAGAAAGCAUGAGUGGUUUGUUAUUUGGAGAAGACCAUUUGGGAGGAUUAUGGCAAGUCCAUCAGGAAAUAGAUUAUUGUUGGGUUCUUGGAAACCAUUUCAGGUGAACUCGUUUCAUUAAGACAAAGUGUAAAAUUGAAUGAACUUAGAAUAGAAAUUACUAUAUGGAGUUGAUGUACAAAAACAGUGGCCAUU